ACUCAGACUCUGACUCUGGCGGUGACUCAGCGAGGCCCGGGGCGUUACGUAAACCUGUCAAUGUGGAGGGGCUCCGGCUUGAGUUCAACGUCUAAGUUCGUCGCUUCGUCUUGUCGUAAUGGAUUUUGAGGAGUUGUUCGACGAGCGGACCUUUUCAUUUUCCAACUUCCAGGAGUUCACGUUUCUUCCCGGUCACCAGAAGUUAUCCGAACGUGUUAGGAAGCGCCUGUAUUACGGACUGGACAGUGACUGCUCGCUGGAUGCCCUCUCCUGCCCUGUUACAGACAUCGCCGUAGAGCUGCUGCAGAAGUCUGCGCCGAGCCCCAUCCGGAAGCUUCAGAAGAAGUACGCAGCUCAUGUCUCCAGGGAGGCCUGCAUUUCUCCAUGCGCCAUGAUGCUGGCUCUGGUCUACAUCGAACGGCUCCGUCACAGAAACCCUGAGUACCUGCAGCAGAUCUCGUCCUCUGACCUUUUCCUGAUCUCCAUGAUGGUUGCUAGCAAAUAUCUGUAUGAUGAGGGAGAAGAGGAAGAGGUGUUCAAUGACGAGUGGGGGGCCGCUGGGAAGCUGGAUGUGCAGACGGUCAACACGUUGGAGAUGAACUUCCUCAAAGCCAUUGACUGGAGUCUUUAUGCUGAACCCUAUGAGUUCUUGGACAUCUUGAAUCAAAUAGAAACCAGCAUAGCGGUGAAGCAGGGCCUGAACCGAGGCUGGUUUACGUACACUGACCUGUGUGUACUGCUGGAGCAGUCGGCAUGGCAACAGGCCUUCACGGCCAUAUACCACCACUUUGCCAAGCUCACCUGCAUGCUCGGGCUGGUCUACCUGACAAGCGUGGCAGGCCUCAUCGCCUCCUCCGCCGUGCUGCAGCAGCUCACCUGUCCCAGGUCUCGCGGUACACUCUGCCAGGUUGGCGUGCAGGGCACCGGAUCUGAGCACGUUCUGCUCCCGGAAGCCAUCGCCCCUGAGUCCAGCCUGCCCAGCUGCAUCCCGGGAAAUGACAGCCGGAAGAAGCGUUCGGCCCUGGGGUCCUCCCUCUCUCCAGCUACCUCCUCGCUCUGCUUCUGGGGCUCCUUGCUCACCUCGCUGGCGUAUCCCGAUUUAGCACCAGACAGACGCCAGCCAGCCUCCACUCCGUUCAGCUGUCUGGUCCCCUUCUCGCCACACCACUGUGGGGCCAUUAACAAAACUGCUUGGCAUCCCCCGGAGUCACUGCGCAUCCUCACGCACAAGCCUGCCCCUCAUGUGCCCGCUGCAGGACCCCAGGGCCACGAUCUCGUUUUAAGUACCUUCGCCCACCUCAAAGCCGCGCCCAGUUGCUCAGAGGCAGUGGUUCCCCUCGGGAAGGUCCACAGUUUCCUGAUGCCCAGUUAGAGACACGUCUGGACAGCCGUCAUAUUGAAUCUGGGCGCAGUGCGUGGUCACGCAGAAAUUGGAGCUCACUGUCACGUCCUCGGAGUGAAGGGUGGGUGGGGAUGGUAAGGUUUUUAAAAUAAAAACAAGACCAGCCGCCUAUACUCUGUCACCACUAAACUUUAGUUUAUGGGAAAGAUACAGAACGCUCACCUUCAAACGCCCCCCCCCCCCACAGGAAUGUCAGUUACCUCACUCCGUCUCGUCUCAAGUGGGCUUCUGACAAGCUGUCUGAUAAUAACCUCUGCUGAGUUACAUAUAGUCUUAGCUAUUGCGUUGCUUUAAGAAGAGAGGGGAAAAAAUGCACUUUUUUUCCAAAGAUAAGUCACCAUUUAAAAUCAUGUUUGAGGUCUUAAAAGCAAUAUACAGCACGCUGGGAUGGAGAUGCCCUCAGUCCCGGCAGGCUUCUCUGUCAUGAGCGCGUGGGACUUGGUUUACAUUCUUCUUUGCUGGCACAUUUUAAGAUACACACGUGUUUUAUAUAGUUCCUUGUUUCCUCCACUUAAGGUAGCAUGAGUUUUCUUGUAUUUAGAUUUUGUUUGAGUAACUGGGUAAGAAAAUCCAGGGUCAUAAAGGAUGUUUGUGCUGCAGGAUUUCUGUGUUGGGUCUGCAUUGCAUAGUUGACUUUAAUGACCAAUGUUAUGCAUAUUUAAUCCUGCAUUGGUAUGAAUUGGUCACUGGGCUCAGAAAAAAAGUGUGUGCAGUUAUGGGGGAAGUCCUUUAAAAAAUUAGGGAGUUUUUUUUUUUGGUAGUUUAAGAAAUUGAGUUAUGCAAUGUUGAAUUUGAUGGUGGGUCCUUUGGGAAUGCUGGGAGGUGUAGUCUUGCUUGAAGUUUGUAUGGAGCUCUCUGGUGUGCGAGCUCUCUGACGUAGCCGAUGGUCCGAAUUGUACCACAGCCGUAGCUGUGCUCAGGACCAGAAAAAGGUGUGGAUCCAGCCAAGUUUUGAGCUGCGAGUUGUGGAGGGUUAUUGUAAUAUAUGUGCGCUUAAGUGGUUCUAAAGUUUGGCGCCCUACUCCUGUAGAAAGUUUUGCAAAUUAAAAUAUAAUUUCCAAUUUGUUCUCGAAUGUUUGUUUUCAUAAGAACCAUCCACCCCAACUUCCUUUUUAUUGGAGGGAUGUGUAAAAAUUAGGCAUGUGUGGUUUAGAAGUGGACUGGAACUGGAGAGCUGGAAACAUGCGAGUGUAACCCUACAGACACUCAAGGGGGACCAGUGACACGGAGGGGAAUGAUGAGGGGAAGUAAUCGAUGCGUGUUGUUGCUUCCUGUCAAAAUGCGCCACUUCCUGUAGGCACAGCUAUUGCACACCGAGUGUGAUUUUCUGGAUUUGUGGUGAAACUUGAUGCCUUUUGACAUAAUGUAUACAAGGCUUAAAUGCUUAGUGUAAUUUUUCUGAAGUUUUUGUGAGGAGGGAUUCAUGAUUCAACCCAGCAACGCAGAUGCAUCUGGAAAGAUGUUCCACUUUUAAUGAUUGCCUCCAGUAACGCCUAAUCUUAUAUUUUAGCACAUCUUCUCCCUGAACACCACCUGAAUGCCUUCAUGUAUAGCCAACCUUUUCCUGCAAUAAAUGUACAUUUUUUGCUGUGUGUUUAAGUGGCGUAGGAUGUUUUUUUUAAGAGCUCUGCUCUAAACGAUCAGUUCUUUUCUAUUCACUUGUUCUUACAUUGAACUUGUACUUGAAGUGAUUUGCAAACACGUUUGUCCUAAAUUCACUGUGCAACUUUGUAGCACAAGUUCCGGCACAUUACAUGAACAAAUAGAAUUAAAGGUGUAAAAUAAA